AUGUCUGAACAAAAUAAAAAGGACUACACCAUCGUAGACCAGCCGAAGUGUGUCGAGUACAGCAUUUCAAUCAAGAAUGGCAGCGCCAAGUGGCAGGGCUAUGAACGGGAAAACACCUUGCAUAAUAUAAACAUAAAUGUGCGUCCUAAUGAACUAAUUGCUAUUGUCGGCCAGGUCGGUGCGGGCAAGAGCAGCCUGAUGAACGUCAUCUUGAAAGAACUGCGUUUGCACAAAGGUUUUAUACAAAUUAACGGCAAAAUUGCCUAUGCCAGUCAAGAACCGUGGCUGUUUGCCGGAUCGGUGAGACAGAAUAUUUUAUUUGGACGAAAUAUGGAGCAGGUUCGAUACAAUCAUGUGAUUGAAGUGUGUCAGUUAAAGAGAGAUUUCAGUCUGCUGCCUUAUGGUGAUAAAACAAUCAUAGGCGAGAGAGGUAUCAGUCUUUCCGGUGGCCAGCGGGUGGCUGAGAUGCGAACAGUAGGCAAUGUUUCCGGCAGAGUUUAUACGAAUUACUUACGCGCUGGUGGAAACUGGUGCGUGAUGUCCAUUGUGGCUAUGCUUUUUAUAUUGACACAAUUAGCAGCCAGCAGCGCCGACUUCUCUCUAGCCCAAUGGAUUGAAAUAGAAGAACACUUUAUGAACCAAACGGAAAACGGCGUCGUAGAGGACCCGAGGAGUCCCCUCACCCGCAUGCAGUGCAUCUACAUCUACAGCGGGCUGAUUGUGUUAACAAUCAUCAUCACCCUUAUCCGCUCAUGGACGUUUUUUUGGACAUGCAUGAGGGCUUCAAUGCGCUUGCACGAUCGCAUGUUUCGCAGCAUUAGCCGCGUCACUGUGCGAUUCUUUAACACUAAUACACGUGUACUCAAUCGCUUUUCCAAAGACAUGGGAGCCGUUGAUGAGAUGCUGCCCGCUGCGUUUAUUGACUCACGUUCGCCAGUCUUUGCUCACCUGAGCGCGACAGUUCAAGGGUUAUCUACGAUUCGCGCGUUUGGGGCGGAACAAAUGACUUCGGUGGAGCGCAUCCUUGAAUACAACAAAGUGGACAGCGAGCCUCCUCUCGAAAGUACUCCUGGUAAAAAGCCCAAGUCCGAAUGGCCGCAGGAAGGCAAGAUCGAGUUCAAGAACGUAUUUUUGCGCUACGCACCGCUGGAGUCGCCGGUACUUAAGAAUCUUAACUUCGUUAUCUUUCCGCGGGAGAAAAUUGGCAUCGUUGGUAGAACCGGCGUUGGCAAGUCAUCCUUAAUCCAGGCUCUCUUCCGCCUGUCCGACAUGGACGGUCUGAUUGAUAUCGAUGAAGUCGACACAAGCCAGAUAGGCUUGCACGAUUUGAGCUCCAAGAACAGUAUUAUCCCUCAAGAACCGUUCCUGUUCUCUGGCAGCCUGAGACGGAACCUCGAUCCAUUCGACUCGUAUAUGGACGAACCACUAUGGAGGGCUCUUGAGGAGGUUGAGUUGAAGGAGAUGGACUUGGAAGCCCACAUCAAUGAGGGCGGCUCCAAUCUCAACGUCGGCCAACGGCAAUUGGUCUGCUUGGCACGAGCUAUUGUGAGGAACAAUUCAAUACUCGUGCUGGAGGCGACCGCGAAUGUGGACCCGCGAACAGACGAACUCAUCCAGACAACUAUUAGGAAAAAAUUCGAGAAGUGUACAGUGCCAACAAUUGCUCACCGACUCAACACCGUUAUGGACAGCGAUCGUAUUUUGGUGAUGGACGCCGGAAACGUGGUGGUGAGUCAAUUUUUAAGAAUUUUUGUCUUUUUAAGAAUUUUAUAA